AUGUAUUGUAGACAUGUAGAGGAACAUGUAAGUGAUAGAUAUGAAGAGGAACAUUUUAGUGAAGGACAUGUAGAGGAACAUGUAAGUGAUAGAUAUGAAGAGGAACAUUUUAGUGAAGGACAUGUAGAUGAAAUUUUAGUGAAGGACAUUGAAGGACAUGUAGAUGAACAUGUAAGUGAAGGACAUGUAGAGGAACAUGUAAGUGAUAGAUAUGAAGAACCUGUAAGUGAUGAACAUGUAGAGGGACCUAUAAGUGAAGGAUAUGUAGAUGAACAUGUAAGUGAUAGAUAUGAAGAACCAGUAAGUGAUGAACAUGUAGAGGGACCUGUAAUUGAAGGACAUGUCGAUGAACAUGUAAGUGAUAGAUAUGAAGAACCAGUAAGUGAUGAACAUGUAGAGGGACCUGUAAGUGAAGGACAUGUAGAGGGACCUGUAAGUGAAGGACAUGUAGAGGAACAGGUAAAGGAACAUGUAAGUGAUAGAUAUGAAGAACCAAUAAGUGAUGAACAUAUGGAGGGACCUGUAAGUGAAGGACAUGUCUAUGAACAUGUAAGUGAUAGAUAUGAAGAACCUGUAAGUGAUGAACAUGUAGAGGGACCUGUAGAGGAACAGGUAAGUGAUAGAUAUGAAGAAGAACCUGUAAGUGAUAGAUAUGAAGAAGAACAUGUAAGUGAUAGAUAUGAAGAAGAUCAAGCUAGUUAUCAAUAUGAUAAAGAUCAUGUAAGUGAUAGAGAUGAAAUUAAACAAGAUGAUAAUUAUAUAAGUGACAGAGAGGAAAUUAAACAAGAUGAUAGUUUUGUAGGAGACAAAGAACAAAUUUUUGAAGAUGAUAACUAUGUAAGUGAGAGAGAGGAAAUUAAAGAAGAUAAUUAUGUAAGUGACAGAGAGGUAAUUAAAGAAGAUGAUAAUUAUGUAAGUGACAGAGAGGAAAUUAAAGAUGAUAAUUAUAUAAGUGACAGAGAGGAAAUUAAAGAUGAUAAUUAUAUAAGUGACAGAGAACAAGUUAUUCAGGAUGAUAAUUAUAUAAGUGACAGAGAACAAGUUAUUCAGGAUGAUAAUUAUAUAAGUGAUAGAGAACAAGUUAUUCAGGAUGAUAAUUAUAUAAGUGAUAGGGAACAAGUUAUUCAGGAUGAUAAUUAUAUAAGUGACAGAGAACAAGUUAUUCAGGAUGAUAAUUAUAUAAGUGAUAGGGAACAAGUUAUUCAGGAUGAUAAUUAUAUAAGUGAUAGGGAACAAGUUAUUCAGGAUGAUAAUUAUAUAAGUGACAGAGAAUCAGAUAAAGAAAAUAAUAAUUAUGUUUAUGAAAAUGAUGAAAUAAUAAAAGAUGACAAAAGUAUAAACGAAAAAGACUCAAUUAUUCAUUAUGAUGAAGAAGGAAUAAUUAAAAAUAAAGAGAUUACUGAAUAUAUAAAAGAUGAAAAUAGUGAUAUACAAAUAUCAGAAAAUGAUAUAAUAGAUAAUAAUGAAAAUGAAAUGAUAGAUAAUAAUGAAAAUGAAAUGAUAAAUAAUAAUAGUAAAGUAGAAAAUAAUACAAGCAUGACAGAAUAUGAGGAUGUUAUAGAUAUGGAUUACAAAUCCCCAGAAAAUUUAUUUAUGUUUGAUCAAGAAUAUAAUAUUAAUGAAGCUCAUAAGGAAGAAAUUAAUAAUAAUGAUAAUAAUAAUGAAAAUGAUAAGAGUGAGUCUGGAAUGGUUGAACAAGAUGUUAGUAAUGAAGAAUAUAGAGAAGAUGAUGAAAAGAAUACAGAUGAAAUAAAAGAAGAUGAUAAAAACAGUAUAGAUGAAGUAAGAGAAGAUGAUGAAAACAAUAUAGAUGAAGUAAGAGAAGAUGAUGAAAACAAUAUAGAUGAAGUAAGAGAAGAUGAUGAAAACUAUACAGAUGAAAUAAAAGAAGAUGAUGAAAACAAUACAGAUGAAAUAAAAGAAGAUGAUGAACAAAAUACAGAUGAAUUAAAUGACAUGAAAGAUGAAAAUAAUGAUGAAGGAGAAGACAAUCAAGAAUUAAAUGAAAAUUUAGAAAGUUCAGAUGUACAAAAAGAUGAUGAAGCUUUGAAUGCUGAGGAUUCACCUGAAGAAGAAAAACGCACAAAUGUUAAAAGAGAAUCUAUUUCUUUUCGUGAUAAAAAGAAUGAAGGUUCAACUGAAAAAAAAAUUGAAACUAAAAAAGGUGGUUUACUUAUGGGUAUUAUGAAAAGAAAAAGAUUUAUGUCAAAAGAUCCAAAAAAGAAGUCAUAA